AUGGCUGAUAAAAAUACACUUUCAUUAUUAAAGACUACAUCUGAUUUCUCGCAGUUCUCUGAUACUAGUAGUAUAGGUGAUACCAGACAGCUGGUAGAAGAAAAAGAUGAUGGACAGCCCAAAUCUGGCAUUUAUACAGCCAGUUUUAACUUUAUUAAUUCUAUCAUUGGAUCAGGCAUUAUUGGGAUUGUAAAGACGUUUUCUAAAUUUUUUAUGUGUAUCGAGGACACUGAUAGCAUCAAUUUGCACCAUGCCAAUUUUCAAUCAGAUGUCUGUGAUUCGCCAAUGAGCAGCAUUAAUAUAAAAGAUUUAAGGGAACUGAUACUUUUCAUCUUUUUAUAUGAUCCGUUCCUUGAAUUUGCCACAAUCUUAGAUUAA